CUGUGAUCCACUCGCUGUUGACCUCCUCUCUCCCUCCUCUCUUGGUUGGAACCCGCACCUUCGCGCACCGGUGUGACGUCAUCAGAAUUCUGCUCGGUUCGGUAACCAGACUCGGUUCCGUGUUUGAAAUGUGUGUUUCCCUACCGCUCCGCGCGGAAGCGGCAAAAUAACGUUUAGCGCUCUUAACAAGUCGAUUAUCAGCGCUUUGCUCAUCAAACAGAAGACCUGCAGGCCUCUGGCUCUGCGGCUGACUUUCGUGGAGGAAUACAUCUCGGAUCGAGGCGGCUGCAGCCCUCACCCCCUUUCUUUGGGACCAGGCACACCUCGCUCCAAAUUCCGUAGCGAUAUGUAUGAAGGGAAAAAAACGAAAAACAUGUUCCUGACAAGAGCUUUGGAAAAGAUCCUGGCCGACAAGGAGGUGAAAAAGGCUCACCAUUCCCAGCUGCGCAAAGCCUGUGAGGUGGCACUGGAGGAAAUCAAGGAGGAAUCGGAAAAAUUAAGUCCGCCCAGCGGAGAUGGCAAAUCCAGCUCCAGCACUUUACCACCAAUCAAAUCAAAAACCAACUUCAUCGAAGCCGACAAGUACUUCUUGCCAUUUGAGCUGGCGUGUCAGUCCAAAUGUCCCCGCAUCGUCAUCACCUCACUCGACUGUUUACAGAAGCUGAUAGCGUACGGCCACCUGACGGGCAGCGCCCCGGACAGCACUGCUCCGGGCAAGAAGCUCAUCGACAGGAUCAUCGAGACCAUCUGUGCUUGUUUUCAAGGACCGCAGACCGAUGAGGGUGUACAGCUACAGAUUAUUAAGGCCCUGUUGACGGCCGUGACCUCCCAGCACAUAGAAAUCCACGAAGGUACGGUGCUGCAGGCUGUCCGCACCUGCUACAACAUCUACCUGGCCAGCAAGAACCUCAUCAACCAGACGACGGCGAAGGCCACGCUCACACAGAUGCUCAACGUCAUUUUCGCGCGCAUGGAGAAUCAAGCACUUACAAAUCACAAGCUAUCUUGGUCUCUGGCCUCCAGAAAGCGUGACCGCCAGCUGCAGGAAGCCAAACAGAUGGAGAGAGAUCGGCACCGGCAGCACUCCCCAGUCACCCAGCCCGCUGAGCCAGAAUCCCCCCAGCUCCAGACCCACGUCCACUCAUCUGCAAAGGCUCCCACGCAGGAGGCCAACGGGCCCGUCAGCCCUCCCACCCCCGGCACCACCUGCCCGUCCACCCCAUCCACCCCGUCGACGCCCGCCCCUGAGUCCAACAGCAGGUCUGUGUCCGGGGAGCAGGAGGGGCUCGUCUACGAGAACCCGGACCCUGAAAAUGGGUCGGAGUUCUGCGUGGCUGAAAAUGAGCAAACGGAGGCGGACCAAGCCACCGCAGCAGCACAGAAUGCUGCAUCCAAACAGCACGAAGGAGCGCGUAAAGAGGAAGAGGAGGAGGAGGAGGAAAGCCCGAACUACGAGGAGAAAGCCCAGGAAAUAGUCCAGAGUAUCCUGCAGGAGGUGGUCAACACUGUUGCAGGAGGCCACUGUCUGGAUCCUGCAAACCUCUGCUCCGACACCCAGGAGUCCGCCGCGGAUUCGCAGCCCGCCAUGGCGGGGACCGAGGGAACCCAAAGCUCGCUGGAGGACGAGGGCACCGUGGGGAGUGACAGCGAGCACGUCCAUGCCAACGGCAUUCCUGGAACUCCGAUUUCUGCCAGCUUCACGCCCUCGUUACCCGAUGACAGACUCUCCGUCUCCUCCACAGACACUCAGGAAUCGGGGGCGACACCAGGACAGCUACCGGGCGCCAAGUUCUCCCACAUCCUGCAGAAAGACGCUUUCCUCGUCUUUCGCUCGCUCUGCAAGCUGUCCAUGAAGCCGCUUUCAGAAGGACCGCCUGAUCCCAAGUCUCAUGAACUGCGAUCGAAGGUUUUGUCACUUCAGCUUCUACUAUCCAUCCUGCAGAACGCCGGGCCUAUCUUCAAAACAAACGAGAUGUUCAUCAACGCCAUCAAACAGUACCUGUGCGUGGCUCUGUCCAAGAACGGCGUCUCUUCUGUGCCUGAGGUCUUUGAGCUCUCACUCUCCAUUUUUCUCACUCUGCUGUCUCACUUCAAGACGCACCUCAAGAUGCAAAUCGAGGUGUUCUUCAAAGAGAUUUUCUUGUAUAUUCUUGAGACGUCCACCAGCUCUUACGACCACAAGUGGAUGGUCAUACAGACCCUCACCAGAAUAUGUGCAGAUGCCCAAAGUGUGGUGGACAUCUACGUGAACUACGAUUGUGACUUGAAUGCUGCUAACAUUUUUGAACGAUUAGUCAACGACCUCUCAAAAAUCGCUCAGGGCCGCGGCGGCCACGAGCUCGGCACGACGCCCCAACAGGAGCUGACUCUGAGAAAGAAAGGCCUUGAAUGUCUCGUUUCCAUUCUGAAAUGUAUGGUGGAAUGGAGCAAAGACCAGUACGUCAACCCAAACUCCCAGACCAGCCUUGGCCAGGAGAAGCCUUCAGAGCAGGAGAGCACCGAGACGAAGGCCUCAGAGACCAUAAACCGCUAUGGCAGCAUCAACUCUUUGGACUCCACAGCUUCAUCUGGAAUCGGCAGCUACAGCACGCAGAUGUCCGGCACCGACAACCCCGAGCAGUUUGAAGUCCUCAAGCAGCAGAAGGAGAUCAUUGAACAGGGGAUCGACCUGUUCAACAAGAAACCAAAGAGAGGAAUCCAGUAUCUUCAAGAGCAAGGCAUGCUGGGUACAACUCCAGAGGACCUUGCUCAGUUUUUGCACCAGGAGGAGCGGCUUGACUCGACUCAGGUGGGAGAAUUUCUCGGGGAUAAUGACCGCUUCAAUAAGGAGGUGAUGUACGCCUACGUGGACCAGAUGGACUUCCAGGGAAAGGACUUUGUGUCUGCACUGAGGAUGUUCCUGGAGGGCUUUCGGCUCCCGGGCGAAGCCCAGAAGAUCGACCGGCUCAUGGAGAAAUUUGCAGCGAGAUAUCUGGAAUGCAACCAGGGGCAAACUCUUUUUGCCAGUGCGGACACCGCGUAUGUUCUUGCCUACUCCAUCAUCAUGUUGACAACAGACCUCCACAGUCCCCAGGUCAAAAACAAAAUGACAAAAGAGCAAUACAUCAAGAUGAAUCGAGGCAUCAAUGACAGCAAAGACCUGCCUGAGGAAUAUUUGUCGGCCAUUUAUGACGAGAUCGCCGGGAAGAAGAUCGCCAUGAAGGAGACGAAAGAGCUCACCAUGAAAUCCAACAAGCAGAGCGUGGCGAGCGAGAAGCAGAGGCGUCUGCUUUACAACGUGGAGAUGGAGCAGAUGGCCAAGACGGCCAAAGCUUUGAUGGAGGCCGUCAGCCACGUUCAGGCUCCCUUCACCAGCGCCACACAUCUGGAGCACGUCAGGCCCAUGUUCAAGCUGGCGUGGACUCCCUUCCUUGCUGCCUUCAGCGUGGGCCUGCAGGACUGUGACGACACCGAAGUGGCCUCUCUGUGUCUAGAAGGGAUCCGCUGCGCCAUCAGGAUAGCGUGCAUCUUCUCCAUACAGUUGGAGAGGGAUGCGUACGUGCAGGCUCUGGCGAGGUUCACCCUGCUCACAGCCAGCUCGGGCAUCUCAGAAAUGAAGCAGAAGAACAUCGACACCAUCAAGACGCUCAUCACUGUGGCGCACACCGACGGCAACUACCUGGGCAACUCCUGGCACGAGAUCCUUAAGUGCAUCAGUCAGCUGGAGCUGGCUCAGCUGAUUGGCACCGGGGUGAAGGCGCGCUACAUCUCAGGCACGGUCCGGGGCAGGGAGGGCUUCAUAACGAGCACGAAGGAGCAGAGCAGCGACGAGUACUUGGGUUUAGUUGGAGGAACUGUGGACCGUAAGCAGAUCGCCAGCAUUCAGGAGUCCAUCGGCGAGACAAGCUCUCAGAGUGUGGUGGUUGCUGUGGACAGGAUUUUUACAGGUUCCACCAGAUUAGAUGGGAACGCCAUUGUGGAUUUUGUGCGCUGGCUGUGUGCCGUGUCCAUGGAUGAGCUGGCCUCGCCCACACAUCCACGCAUGUUUAGCCUGCAGAAGAUAGUGGAGAUCUCUUACUACAACAUGGGUCGCAUCAGGCUGCAGUGGUCCAGGAUCUGGGAGGUCAUCGGGGACCACUUUAACAAGGUCGGCUGUAAUCCCAAUGAAGACGUCGCCAUUUUUGCCGUGGAUUCUCUCAGGCAGCUGUCCAUGAAGUUCCUGGAGAAAGGGGAACUGGCCAACUUCCGCUUCCAGAAGGAUUUUCUGAGGCCUUUUGAACACAUCAUGAAAAAGAAUAGGUCUCCCACCAUCAGAGACAUGGUGGUGCGCUGCAUCGCCCAGAUGGUCAACUCCCAGGCGGCGAACAUCCGCUCAGGAUGGAAGAACAUCUUCUCUGUCUUUCACCUGGCUGCAUCUGACCAGGAUGAGAGCAUCGUGGAGCUGGCCUUCCAGACCACCGGGCAUAUCGUCACGAAUGUAUUUGAGAAGCACUUUGCCGCCACGAUCGACUCCUUCCAGGAUGCGGUCAAGUGUCUGUCCGAGUUCGCCUGCAACGCCUCGUUUCCCGACACCAGCAUGGAGGCCAUCCGCCUCAUCCGCCACUGUGCCAAAUAUGUCUCGGAGAGGCCGCAGGCCUUUAAGGAUUACACCAGUGAUGACAUGAAUGUAGCUCCUGAGGACCGGGUGUGGGUGCGGGGGUGGUUCCCCAUCCUCUUUGAGCUCUCCUGCAUCAUCAACAGAUGUAAACUGGAUGUCAGGACCAGGGGGCUCACGGUGAUGUUUGAAGUGAUGAAGACCUACGGGCACACCUUUGAGAAACACUGGUGGCAGGAUCUGUUCAGAAUCGUCUUCAGGAUCUUUGACAACAUGAAGCUACCUGAGCAACAAACUGAGAAAGCAGAAUGGAUGACCACCACAUGCAACCACGCACUUUACGCCAUCUGUGAUGUCUUCACCCAGUACUUUGAGUCGCUCAACGGCCUCCUGUUGGACGACAUCUUGGCUCAGCUCUACUGGUGUGUGCAGCAAGAUAACGAGCAACUUGCCCGUUCGGGCACCAACUGCCUGGAGAACGUGGUCAUCCUGAACGGGGAGAAGUUCUCCCUGGAGACCUGGGACAAGACCUGCAACUGCAUUCUGGACAUCUUCAAGACCACAAUCCCACACACGCUGUUGACAUGGAGACCAGCUGGAGCAGAAGGAGAGCCCUUCACAUCACACGGCUUGUCCGACAAACAGCUGGACUCUAUUUCUCAGAAGUCUUUGGACAUCCAGUCCCGCUCUGAAGACCAGAACUCCAUCAGCAGCGCCGACAGAGCUGCUGUGGACGCCCGGCGGCAGAGCCAGCACAGCACGGCGUCGGGUCUGUCUGAGGACGUCUCCAGGAACAGGAAUCCAACCAAGAUCCAGGAGCAGCGUUUGUUCUCGGCGCUGCUGAUAAAGUGCGUGGUGCAGCUGGAGCUGAUCCAGACCAUCGAUAACAUCGUGUUCUUCCCCGCCACCAGUAAGAAGGAAGAUGCGGAGAACUUUGCUGCUGCUCAGCGGGAUGCGGCGGGCGUGGCGGGCGUUCGGGUGGAGACCCAGGACCAGGGGAUGUACCACUAUCUAACCUCAGAGCAGCUUUUUAAGCUGCUGGACUGCCUGCUCGAGUCUCACUGCUUCGCCAAGGCUUUCAACUCCAACAACGACCAGAGGACCUUGCUGUGGAAAGCAGGUUUCAAGGGAAAGUCCAAGCCCAACCUGCUGAAGCAGGAGACCAGCAGCCUGGCGUGUGGGCUGCGGAUUCUGUUCCGUAUGUACACGGACGAGAGGCGGCGGGACGCCUGGGAGGAGGUCCAGAGACGACUGCUCAACGUGUGCAGCGAAGCCGUCUCGUACUUCCUGGCUCUGACGUCAGAAAGCCACAGAGAAGCCUGGACCAAUCUGCUGCUGCUCUUCCUCACCAAGGUGCUGAAGAUCAGCGACGAGAGGUUCAAGGCCCACGCGUCCAGGUACUACCCCCUCCUGUGUGAGAUCAUGCAGUUCGACCUGAUCCCCGAGCUCCGGGCCGUGCUGAGGAAGUUCUACCUGCGCAUCGGCGUCGUCUUUCACAUCGCACAGCUGCCUGAACCUGAAGCCCACCCCGAUCGGGGGCGGGCGGAGCCAGAAACGGACACGGAGGUGGGGGAGGAGGCAGGGGAGGAGGCUCAAUGAAGCUCCACUGAGGCCACCGCCUCCUGGCUCCCUCUGUGUGCACGGUUUCCCUGAACAUUAGACUGAAACAGCUGAUCCUAGACCAGCUGUUCACACCCACUCCACACUAGGGUCCCAGAUGGAAUCCUCAGCAUCACAAAUUUGCACCCCGGCGUAGCGCUGCCUCCGCCGACUACUGACCGACAGGCGGCUCCUCGGAUCUCUGACCUAAAGGAAUAUAUUGCAACACGUGUGCUUCUUACUGUAUAUUUAAAAGUGAAGAAUGAACGGUCUCAACCAGACGCAGAGCAGCGACCGCCACCCGCGUGUGACCGAUCGCCUCUGGGAUGAAACUCGUAUGUACAGAUCUGCCGCUGUGUAAAAUAAUCCUAUAACACUAGAUUAUCUUUAUUUUUUUGUUUGUUUUAAUUUCUGGAUUUGCUGCACUUGAUCUCAUUUUUUAUUUUUAUGCACUGGAGAUUUAACUUUCUUUUUUUUUGUUUGUUUAUAAUUUAUUUGACUGCACCACCUCCGUAUGUUUUGUCACGGAAGCAGACGGUGGAAAGUGAAGGGUUAAAUUAUUCCAUUUUAUGUGUUCUUAGGUUUUUAGACGUAACUUUGCUUUGGAAACUGGAAGACGAGGGAGCAAACUGAUGCUAGCUGCUUUUGGAGUCACUUUUCCGUUUAGCUUUCACUCUUGUACAAAAUCAAAAUAAUAUAUUUAAUGUUUUUGUUUGUCUGAGCAGCAGAGAAGAUGAGAAGGUGUUAGCUGUGCUUUAACGUAUGAAUGGGACGCACUCCUGCUCACGGAUGUAGAAAACACAAUGUAUAUGAUACAGCAAUGUAAAGUUUUCUAUGUCGCAAAAGAUUAUGUACAACUUUCUGUACGAUGCGUCGUCUGGCAUUCUAAUCAGGUUCUAGGUCAAUAAAGUUUUUGAACUUGGUCGAUUUGAAA